CACAGCAGGCUCCCGGACCCAUGUCAAGCAGCAGCGCCUGUCCGCCCAACAGCCAAUCCACUUUCGGUGCAACUGUCUUGGCCUUUCAGGGUUGCAAAUGAGUUGAGACUAUCCAUACGAAGUACCUUAUAAACCCUUAACUCACCAAGCGCUUGUCCGCCUACCUAAAUCUUUUGUCGAUUUAACAAUCAUCUCGAUAGUACUGGUUGCAAAUAUGGCUGCGAUUGGUUCUCUCAUCUUCUGCACCGAUUGCGGUAAUCUUCUGCCUCCGUCCAAGGGCAGCGAGAAAAACAUACUCCAAUGCGACUGUUGCGGGGCAGAAAACAGAGACCAACCCUGGAGGACUGUGACAACAAGAACCAAACCAUCUGAUUUCCCGUCGGCAUUGCGGCAAAAGCUAUCCAUCGUUCAAACUGUUGAACGUCAUAAGGUGCAGACGGAACGAAUCGACGCGAACACCGACUGCCCCAAGUGUGGGAAGCGCGGGGUGCGGUACUCCGAGGUUCAACAACGCAGUGCCGACGAAGGUUCAACCAUCAUAUACAACUGCGAUUGCGGUGAAAGGUGGACCAUGAACAACUAGGAUCUCGAGCCAGAUCAGCAGGACGAAUCGAGCGAUCCAGCAUAUUACCCUGGUCAGGGCCCAAGAAUUCACAGAAGUCUAAUACCACCCAAAACCCAAACGCCGACAAUGACGGACCAACUCAAGCCGUGCCAGUAACCUCCGGAAUCAACGCAUACUCGGUCUCAUUGCUCUUCUCAUACUCAGCCAUAUCAAGUGCCACG